UGUUCUGCAGAUAACCUAACUUUUUGCUGUCGAACGUUAACAUUUGAAUAUUAACUGAUUUUAACUAGAUUGAAGAUGUCGACCACACAAAAAUCUGCUUUAAAAGAAGCUCUAACUGAAAUUUUAAGCUGUGCCUUGGAACCGAAUUCAGAAAUUCAAAGACUGGCAGAGGAGCGUAAAAAAGCAUUGGAAAUGACGGAAGAAUACCCAUUUUUAUUAAUUGAAAUCAUGGACAGUGAUGAAGAAGCGGAAGACGAGAAAGUGAUGGCGGCAAUUUUUCUUAAAAACUACCUGUCAGAUUGGACCAAAGAGGAAAACCCACAGCACAUGAUGCUCAACUAUGAUAGUUGUGUAGAAUUAAGUCUGAGUAUUCUUGAUGUAAUUAUUAAACAUAGUAAACUUAGACCAAUGACAUGUGGAGCACUAACAUAUUUAGUGUACAUCGGAAUGUGGCAAUCAAUUGAUAACAAAGUGAUGUCAAUGUUGCAAAGUGAAAGUGAAAAUUCGUUGUGUGCCGCUGUCUUUUUUUUAAAUUAUCUGUUUGAUGAGAUCAGCUGUGAUGAUAUAGAAAUAUCCCCAGAGUACUUUGAAGCUUUGUUGAAUAUUUUCCAAAGGUGUGACAACGCAACCUUGAGGGCUGACAUAGUUAAUUGCACAUUAUGCAUUUUAUCUCACAGUUUCCAGGACCUUGCCAGCACUUUAGAUGGGGCAUGCAGACUUGGAAAACUAUUUGAUAUGACUUUGAGGGAACCAUACAGUGAAUCAAACAAUUUCUUUGUUAAAAGUGAAAUUAUAAGGGGACUACUUAUGAAACUUCCCUUACAAGAUACAUCAUGUAGUGUGUAUGAUGGUGAAAUAUGUCGCAACAUUGUUGUCCCCUGCUUACCUGCAAUAGGUCAGUUAGUGAUACACUGCUGCCAUGAAUAUAAGCAAAUACUAAUGGAAACUCGCCAAAUACCCACUGAUAAAGAGGAAGACCUGAGGGAACCAAAAAACUUUUAUGACUUAAUCAUCCACAUUCAAGAACUUGUUAACAGGUUGAUAGACAAUAGAGCUUAUUUUCCUUUGCUGAUGGACGGUUUGGACGAUUUAUUAUAUUGUUUGUUUAUAUUUAUGUCGGCACCGAACACGUGUUUAGUUUUCGCCACCGACAUCGAAGACCAGCCUGCCAAUUUUGAUAUAAGAGAAGGUGCACUUCAAUCUUUAACAACCAUAAUGUGUCAUUUGCAUGAAAAUCCAACGUUCUUCAAGAGUCUGCACAACGUGUUCAUGAAGCACGUUACGGAGUGUACAGCUCAAAGGGAAACUUGUCCGGCGUAUUAUGCUAAAAUAUUAGAGUCGUUAAUGUUUGGUAUGGGCACCUUACGUAAUUUCUUUCCUCAAAGUACUAUUUUCGCUAGGGACGAGGUCUUCCCGCAUCGAUACUAUUUAGAAACGUGGAAUACGUUACUGCUGAACGAAUCCAAUUACGCAAUUAUUGGUAGAAUACUUUGGCUGGGUGGGAAGUACAGUGCUUCUUUGAAUUCUAGCACUUUGGAGUUGCAAAUUAAAACGAUAAUUAAGUACUUUGACGCAGAUGACUGUACGACGGAACCUCUAUACGAACCACUUUCUAAAGCUUUAAACUAUCAUAUAGCAGCUUAUCAGCAUAGUCCAAUAGAAAACAGAAUGGUAUUUAAAAAUUUAGCUAACGAUAUUGCCCGUUGCGUAUUGAAGAUGACACAGAUGAAAUCUGUUAGCGCGGAAUGUUAUUUAAAUGCCUUGGGUCACUUAUAUAAGGAUCAUUUUGAAACCAUGAGACAUUACACGAGUAAUACCAUUAACUUCGUCGUGUCCGAAAUUAAGUCUCAUUUGGCCAGUAAUCAGUUAAUGAAGGAAGUUUAUUUUCUUAUAGGAGCGUUGGCAAAGCACGAACUAAACAGAGAUAUAAUCGAGAGUAAUCUUAGGCCUCUCGUUAUGAAAAUGGUUUAUAAUUUUAAUCGAAGAGAAUCGAAGGCACCACCGACAACGUUGACUAAAACAAACACCCAAGAAAGAGGUUUUGAGUUGUUAAACUGCAUAAUUUUACAUAGUCCUCAACCAAUUAACGAUGUAAUCGUUCACGAAAGUUUUUAUUCAGCUGUUAAUAUCAUUUUAAACAGUAAUGAAGCUACUGUCGACGACAAUACUAUAGAGGCUGCCGUUGACUUAAUUAUAAUGAUGUUAAUAAAACUGUCACCCCAACUGAAAAACUUAACAACAGAAAAGGGUGAACCGUUCUUCGAUUUGGUGCCAAAAAUAAUCUUCGAGCUUCUCGAUCCGGCCAAAUCGGUUUGGACCGUAAAAGUGGGAAAGUUGUGUGUGACGAGCAUCAUGACCUUAAACGGUAAAAUGGAGCAGCACCUAGAAUCCAUAUUGAAGUCACUUCUGAGCUACGUCCUUGUUAAUACCGACAUGAAAACCAUAGAGGCAGCGUGGCUGAUCUUCACUUACAUUUUCAUGUACAAACCAGCGGACACGACCAAUUUUUUGUCGAGCGUACCCGGACCUACUGGUGGAAGUGCUCUGGCAUAUUUAAUAGAUAAGUGGAGGCCGCAUUAUUUCGCGGAAAUCGGCCGAUUCGAAACAAAAAUAAUAGCUGUCGCAAUAACUCAAAUCAUAGCGUACGCCAUCGAAGAAAAUAACGAAAAAAUUAACGAAGUCAAAAUAAAACUGAUGCACAAAGAGACCCAAAAGGAAUUUUCUGGUAUCGAGUACAUGUAUAUUCUGUUGGUUCAAAUUCUGUUGGAUUCUGUUAACAAAACGGUGAAUGUAGGACCCUCAGGGCUUGUGGAUGAUGAGGAGGAUCAAUGUUUGUUUAAAACCUUAUUGCCCUUUAGUAAUAUCAGUAUGGAAAAUCACAUUAAGGGUUUCUUAAAAACAUCCACACCCUACUAUUAUAAUGUAGUAAGAAAUUAUUUCGACGAAAAUGAUUCGUCUAAACUUUCUAGUCUAGGUCUUUUGCCUGAACUCAUGGAAUAAUUAAUGAUUCAAGUCAAGUUAUUACUUCAAUUAUUUUGAAAUAAUUUUAUUAUUUAAGACUGUUACCAAUUAAUAUUAAAGGAGGCUGUGAAAUCAUAAAAACUUGUUUGACUAACUAUUAAUAAUGUAAAACAGUAAAAUUAGUGAAUCUUUGUAUUUUGUAUAAUUUAAAUCUGUAAUAAAAGCGAUGAUGAAAAUA